GACGUCGACGACAUGAUCUCGCGCCUGCUCGACGCGGGCUACUCGGGCAAGGUGACCAAGUCGGUGUGCCUCAAGAACGCCGAGAUCACGGCCAUCUGCCAGGCCGCGCGCGAGGUCUUCCUGUCGCAGCCUACGCUCGUCGAGCUGUCGCCGCCGGUCAAGAUUGUCGGCGACGUCCACGGCCAGUACAGCGACCUGAUCCGCCUGUUCGAGAUGUGCGGGUUCCCGCCCAACGCCAACUACCUGUUCCUCGGCGACUACGUCGACCGGGGCAAGCAGAGCCUCGAGACGAUCCUCCUCCUCCUGUGCUACAAGGUCAAGUACCCGGAGAACUUCUUCCUCCUGCGCGGCAACCACGAGUGCGCCAACGUGACCCGAGUGUACGGCUUCUACGACGAGUGCAAGCGCCGGUGCAACAUCAAGGUGUGGAAGACGUUCAUCGACGUGUUCAACUGCCUCCCGAUCGCGGCCGUCGUCGCGAGCAAGAUCUUCUGCGUCCACGGCGGCCUCUCGCCCUCGCUGUCGUCGAUGGACGACAUCCGCCGCAUCUCGCGCCCGACCGACGUGCCCGACUACGGCCUCUUGAACGACCUCCUGUGGAGCGACCCGAGCGACACGGCCCUCGACUGGGAGGACAACGAGCGCGGCGUCAGCUACUGCUUCGGCAAGACGGUCAUCGGCACCUUCUUGGCGCGGUACGACUUUGACCUCAUCUGUCGGGCACACAUGGUCGUCGAGGACGGCUACGAGUUCUGGUGCGACCGAGCGCUCGUCACGAUCUUCUCGGCACCGAAUUACUGCGGCGAGUUCGACAACUUUGGCGCCGUCAUGUCGGUCUCGCUCGACCUCUUGUGCUCGUUUGAGCUCCUUAAGCCUCUCGACACGGCCCAGCUCAAGCGCGAGCUCGCAAAGACGCGCCGGCGGCUGUCGUCGAGCGCGUCGGCGGCGUCGGCGUCCUGAGCCCCUCUCCUCUCGGCGCCGCUCGCCUCGCCUCGGCGCGAGAAAAGUAUCAGCCCCACGGACGCUGCUUAGUACGGGUGCCUCCUUGCCCUCUUGUACCUCCCUUUCCCCCUCCUCCCCCCUUCUCUCGCUCUCCUCGUCCAGCCCCGAGUCUCGUCGACCUUUUUUGUGCACCCUCUCUCGUCCUUUUACCGAGCCCAGCCUUGUACACACUGUCUAGCCCUCUCGUCGCUCCUCCUGCAAUGUUCUGUG